AUGAAUUUUUUUUCUAUUUUCGCCGGCUCAUUCCCACCGACUCCAAAUUCCAAUGGCACUAACUAUCUAAGCCAACAGGGAUUAGAUUGUUGUCCUGGGUUAAUAUACACCGCUUCUUCUUUCGCUUAUUCCUCCACCGCCUUACAUGGGUUAAUCUCCACUACUUUUCUCCCUCAGUUGUAUCCUUUCACCGCCAUCGUCUCAUUAUCAAAUUACAUCUACCACAUCUCUUUCUUUCUUACGCACACCUUCUCUGUAUCUAUCACAGAUCAUUCUUCAAUGUCGCAGCAAGGACCCAAAAAGCGAGAAAAAGAGGAAGAAGGAAUGACCGGUGGUGAUGGAGAUGUCACGGCAGCUCCGGCGGAUCCACCACUGGCACUAGACUGGAGGUAUUUGGCGAACGCACCGCCGGUGAAGUAG